AUUCGACCCCACACAAUGUGCCAGCCUGAAUAACGCCGGUCCUCCCACAGGCUAGCGGUAGCAGGUGUGUGGUGUGCAGACUGCUUUCAGUUCCUGUCUUACAGCCACCGGCAUUGCCAAGGAUUUUCCCUCUCACAGAGAUCAAUACCCGCUUCCUUACAGCAGCGUUAUUGGCUGAUUGGUUCUCACUGUCAGCUAUUGAAGAUUCUGCCCGCCGUGUCCGUGCGUGUAAGAACUGUGCUAUAGCAGUGGUGGAAGAGGAUCGGAGAUCAGCAUUGUGCGUACAGGUUUAUCUCCUUUGUUCCCGGACGAGUGGGCGGCUGUAGACAUUAAGUAGUCUACGACAGAUUGCAGUUGACUUGAGGCACAUCAAGGAAGAUUGGCCGAGAUGCUGCCAUGUUUUUGAGAAAUGAGGUUUUAGCAGACAAUGCUCUGAGAAUCGGUUCUACGUUCGCUGUGGGCGUACCAAUCUUCGUCAGGUGCCACAGCAUCCGGCUGUCUCAGUGACUUUCACAUCCGCCUUACUGACAAUUUGUCGUGUUAACCAAGAUGGCAGAAACGGACAAACUAUUGUUUGAGAAAUUCUGGAAGGGGACGUUCAAAGCGGUGGUGGCCCCCAGGCAUAGUCAGCCGUUCAUGGCAGCCCUCAAGGGUGGGAACAACAACAACAACAAUGAGGAGGAGGAGAGUGGAACAAAUGCAAAUCCUAAGGAGAGCCACCAGCUGGCAGAAGCCAAUGAGAAGAAGAACCUCAAGAUGAAGGAGGCCUUCGGCAUCUCGGAAGGCUACGUGGACGGCAGCUCCUUCGACCCCGCCCGCCGAGCCAAGGAGGCGGAGGCCAGGAAACAACAGCAGCUGCAGCAGCAGCAGCAGAAGAAGUACAAUAUGAUCCGUGAGCCAAGCUCCUCUCCCUCACCACCACCUAAGAAGAAGAAGAAGAAGUCUGGAAGAGGUCGCAGCAGCAAAAAACGGAAAAAUGGAGUUGUGAGGAGGUCACGGAGCUCGUCGCCUGAGCGUAAGGAGAAAAAGCGGUCUCGCAAGCACAACCGCGAAAGAUCUGAGUCCCGCUCUAAGUCCGGCAGAAAACAUAGAUCCAAAAGUCCUUCCCCCAAGCGCAAACACAAGGAAAAGAGCAAGCGACGCAAGAGAUCCCUGAGUAAGACGCCUCCGCGGAAGGAGAAACAUGGGAAGAAGAAGAAGAGGAAGGAGCGCACCCCGACCCCCUCCAGCAGCUCCAGCUCCUCCGACUCUGACUCGGACAGCAGCAGCAACAGUAGCAGCUCCAGAAGCUCUGCAAGCCCCUCGCCAGAGAGAAAGUCCAAGUCGUCAAAGUUCAGCAAGUCUGGCAGUGGGAGCCCCAGGAAGCACAAGGGAGGGAAGCCCAGCCGCAGCCCCCCCUCCCGCUCCCCCAGCCCCCCCACGCAGCAGAGUCCCCCCCACAGGCUGACUCAUGAGAGGAACGGCAGACAGGCGGAGUCCCCCAUUGCACAGCGCCCUCGUGCUUCAGACGCCAGGCGUUACCAGUCCCCGCCUCAAAAGGACAACAGAAGCUUUCGCUCGCCACCGCAGGCGGCAGACAGGGGUCACAGCUCCGGACAACGUCCUUCCAGCCGCGACGGAAGGACUGCAAGGUCAAGGUCAUCGUCACACUCCGACUCUGAGAGGUCAAGAGGAUCGGUGUCUCCACCCAAGGAGAAAAGAGCAAGGAUGUCUCGGGAGGAGUCGCCAAAGAAGCAACAGGAGAUGCGACGGUCUCGGAGCUAUUCCCGAUCGCCCGCCGCUCGCAGCCGCUCUCGGAGCUACUCCCGUUCUCCCUCUCGCUCGCCCUCCCCUGCGCCGGCACGGAAAUCUCGCAGCUACUCCCGGUCCAAGAGCCCCUCCCCACCAGCACAGAGGAGGCGAGAUUCCCGGUCCCUGAGCUACUCUCCUGUGGGCAGGAUAAGCAGGGACGUCUCCCCGGCCAGGCGCAGUCCCAGCUACAGCCCCAGGAGGGUCAGCAGAAGGUCUCCAUCAGGCAGUGGCAGCAGUAGGAGCAGGAGCAGGAGCCACAGUGCCAGCAGAAGCCGCAGCCCCAGCGCCCCGCCCAGACACUCCAAGAGCCACAGCCGCAGCUACAGCAACUCCCCGGCCAGGGUGAGGGGUCGCUCCCGUAGCUACUCCCCGAUCAUCCCUCGCCGGCGCAACAGGGACUCGCCCAGUCACCUGGAGCCUCGCCGAAUCACCAGCGCGCGAAAGAGACCGGUGCCGUACUACCGACCCAGCCCUCCCAGUUCGUACUACGACAGCGACAGUAGUUACUACAGCCACAGCUCCCGAUCCAGAAGUAGAAGCUAUAGUUACUCCCGUAGUCGCAGCAGAAGUCGCAGCUACCGAGACUCCCACAGCCGCAGCAAUAGUUACCGCAGUUACUCCCGCAGUCGCAGUAGAAGUAGAAGCUACAGUUACAGCAGUAGAGAAAGCUAUAGAAGAUGAUCCUGCUUUCUUCUUUAUAGUUUCUACCUUGGAGUUAGACCUUUCUGGUUGUAACCCUACCAAAGGAAGGGUUGUUGCCACAUGGCUAACUCUUUAGGUGGAUACGUAGGUCUUGGUCAUAUACCAGUGUUUUCUUUGGGGAAGGGCAGUUCUUUGGCUGGUAAAAGUAUAUAAGUAGGAAAACUACUCUUUGGUGCUUCAAAAGAAGAUAAUUGUCAGGUGGUGCUCAUAUUUUAUUAUUUGCUUUCCUUUGGUCAAUAAAUAUUGAAAAUGAUUUUUAAAAUUGUGGCAAAAAAUCACUGUUUUUUUUUGGCAUAUAAUACAAAUAAUUGGGGGUUUAAUAUGAGUAAACAUUCAUAGUUAAUGAGAAAAUGGUGUUCAUUGAGUCUGUACAUUGACUUUCUUUGAAAACUAUUUGAUGCAAAAUUUUGCGUAUUCAGGACAUCCCUAUACAGGCUAGCACUGGUAUAUGCACAAGUAUUUAGGAUGUUAUAUAGUAACAAGUAAUAUAUGUAUCAUUUCAUAUUUUCUUGAAGAAAGAUGCCUGCAUCUUGAUAGAAGAAUGUAUCAACAAGUCACAAAAGUGGCACGUGUGUGAGGACUCCUAGCUGUUUAUGUCUGAACUGCAUCAAAUGUAUACCUGAGUUGUAUGUUGAAAGCAGUUACUGUACUACCUGCAAAAUUUCAUGUCAGUUAAUGAAUCAUACUCACUUAAGACUGUGGGUCUCUUAACUUCAAGAAACCUGUACUUAAUAUUGAAGACAUCUAUUGCUACGUACUGCUCUGGAGUAGUGUUGUCUACAUGGUCACUCUUUGAAAUAAUGAACAUGUACAUAGUGGCUUGAGUACUUGACUGUAGUUGCUUGUAUACAUAGGCUAGGCAAGUCCAAGUUCAAGUAGAGGGGUGGAAAGUUUCCUUACAAAAUCAGAUUCUUUUGAUUUAAUCGGAAAACUUGGCCUCUAGCGUCAUUAAGACGUAAAAAAUCAUCAACUUUUGGCAAGAAUUGUAUGUAAAAAAGUGGUAUAUUCCACCCCUUGCUAGACUGCUAUUAUGCCAACUGUGUUGGCCAUCCUGACACCCCCUACUGGGAAGUGGUGCAGUCUGAACAUGAUCUUUUUACAAAGUAGAUAAAAUUGGUUCCAACAAGCUGUACAUGUAUGUAUGGUUAGGGCAUGGUAUUUGGGAUGGUCGGCAAACUUGCUGGUUAGAUUAGUCCACUAACUUCGUUAAUGUAUUCUUUUAAUGAAUGACAAAACAGCCUGGGAGGGCUUAGGUACAAUUUUUUCAUGUUUAUGUCUUUAGUAAUUUUUUUUCUAAUGUAAUAAUUUGUAAAAUGCUGCAGCAUGUGUUCCUUAUCAUGAACUAUGGUGUGUGUUAACAAAGGAAAUGAAGGACAAAUUUAAAUUACAGAUUUUUACAAAAUGGACAGAUACUGGCUUUGUCUUUCCCUCAACAUAGAAUCUUUUGGAAGACUUAAAGAACAAAUGUCACAAUGGGAACAAGCUUUAUAUGUAGUGUUCACUGGAUGGAUGUUCAUCUCUUCCUCUGUAGUUCAGAUAGCAAUGGUUUGGGGUUAUAGCCUAGUAGUAGAGGACUGAAUAGAGAUUUUUUAAACUUUUCAAUUCAUCUAAAUGUAUCUCUUCAAAAGUUUCAUUCAAUACACUCACUCUAAAGUAUGUUCCUACUAUAUGCUUCAAGUGUUAUGGCAGUAAGUGUUGUGUAUUAGAAUGCACAUCAAAGUUACUGUAAAUGCAGAAACUUUCGCGGUGGUUUAAUGUUCGCUGCUUUCGCGGUGGCCGCUUCAAGUAGCCAUGGCGACUUAAAACCAUGGCGAACAUUUUUUGUAAGAGACUACUGUCAAUUUAAACCACCGUGAAAAGUACUUUUUCCCGGUACUGCAAAAUUAAAUCCCUGCGAACUUAAAUGCUUUUACAGUACUAUUCUUGAGCUUCAACUUUCCGGCAAUAAGCAUGGAAGGCUGUACCGUUGACAUUGACAUUGGCAGUGAGAUUCCUGUUUUCACUUGGCACAUAUUGAUAGUAAUCUGCAAACAGGAUUAUGUACAGGCCCAAGCAAAUCUGGAAGUGUUGUAUUACUGAAGACUUUCCAAAACUUGAACAAUUAAAGUCGCUGAAUUGUGGGCGCAUCGCCUUUCCAUAGUCCUGUUUUAAAAGUUCCUGUUUCUCUAAUAGAUGUUGUAUAGGAAGUUGUGAUCCACUGUGAUAAACAAUCUGCCCCUUACAUCCUAAUUAUUUGAUACAACUGUAAAUGAUGUACUAUCCAUACGUUUCGACACAGUAAACUCUGACAAGGAUCUUUCUUUUGGUGUAGCAAUGUAUGCUUGGUUAAAGAAUUUUGUUACACUGGUGAUGAUUGGCUAAUUUGUGUGAACUUCCCACUUGUGCACACUCAUUAACCAAUCAGCCAAGCUGUUACAGUAUGUGUACAACAUGCAUCCAGUACAGUUCAUCCUAUCAGUGUUACUCAAUCGUCCUAUAGUACCAGAUACCACAACACACUCAGACAACCAGGUCAUUGUAGUAAUACUGUUCUUCUUAGAUAUCAAUGAAAUUUUCUUGGAUAGUGAAAAUGUAACAAUAUUGACUUGUUCCAACCUAGCAGUACAUUUUUAGUGUGGUCAAUAUUGAAGGUUGGACUCUUUCCCGUUGGAUGCAAAAGUUCCUAUAUUAGACCAAUGAUGCGUUUCUCCAUUUAACAAUGACCGAAUUAGAAUUGGACUUUUACACAAAUUCUUCAUAAUCGUGUGUUAAAUAUAAUUAUGAUGAUAGCUGUGACAUCCCAACAUACAGACUUGGUGUGAUUAUAUUUUCUUCAUGCUCCUAACAAUAAUAAUCAUGAUGACCUUUAUGUAAUACCAUUUUGUUCGGACUUUUGCUGAUGGUAGAAUUAAGUUCCUUGUUAGUAUUUUUUUAGUGUUGCCAGGUACUCUUGUCCUACCUUGUAUCCAGCUGUACAGGUCACAAUGAAAUAAAACUCUGUCCAGAAUA